AUGUCCUAUCCCCUGUACGCCGCACGGUCAGCCCGUCAAGCUACUCAUAAUGCAAUUUGCCGACGUUUCGCCUCCGAUAUUUCGGUCACAAGAACCGGCAAACCCAUUCUCCGAGUAGAAGGUGGACGAUCGUCCCUAGGAGGUCACACUGCAACAGUUUUUGGCGCAACUGGGCAAUUGGGUCGGUAUAUUGUGAAUCGAUUGGCUCGCCAGGGUUGUACAGUUGUCGUCCCAUUCCGCGAAGAAAUGACGAAACGCCAUUUGAAGGUUACAGGUGAUCUUGGUCGCGUCGUCUUUGUCGAAUAUGAUUUACGGAACACGCCGUCGAUCGAAGCAAGCGUCCGACAUUCCGAUGUUGUCUAUAACUUGAUUGGCCGAGACUAUCCUACCAAGAACUUUUCUCUCAAUGACGUUCACGUGGAAGGCACCGAACGCAUCGUUGAAGCAGUUGCAAAAUACGAUGUUGAUAGAUAUAUUCAUGUCUCCUCACACAGCGCCGACCUGCAAUCUGCCUCCGAAUUUUACGCCACCAAGGCUCGAGGUGAACAAGUGGCCAGGAGUAUUUUCCCGGAAGCCACUCUCGUUAGACCAGCACCAAUGUUCGGUUUCGAAGACAACCUACUUCUUAAACUUGCCUCCGUUCUUAACCUUUUCACCGCCAACAAUAUGCAAGAAAAAUUUUGGCCAGUCCACUCAAUCGACGUUGGCGCCGCAUUGGAAAAAAUGCUCUACGAUGAUUCCACAACCGGUCAAACAUUCGAACUUUAUGGACCGAAAGAGUAUAGCAUGAGACAGAUUGCUACUAUGGUGGAUAAAGAAAUCUAUAAACAGAGACGGCAUAUCAAUGUUCCCAAACGCAUCCUCAAGCCAAUUGCUGGGGUGUUGAACAAAGCACUUUGGUGGCACACAAUGUCGGCAGAUGAGGUUGAGCGCGAGUUUAUGGACCAAGUUAUCGACCCCACGGCCAAGACUUUUAAGGAUCUUGGUAUCGAACCUGGAGAUAUUGCAAACUUCACAUAUCACUACCUGCAAGGAUUCAGAAGCCAGAACUACUACGACUUGCCCCCCGCAACAGAAAAGGAGAAACGAGAGGACAAGAAGUAUAUUCAUGUGCUGGAUGAGUUGUAG